AGCAAGAGAUUUGAAGACCGACUGUGCUGCUGCUGCUGCUACUGCUACUGCCGUUGUCGCUGGUUGUUGCUACUCUAUUUUACUUGUGAUGUUGGAUAUGGGAGAAAGGAAAGAAGUCAAAAUGAUUCCUAAAUCAUCGUUCAGUAUAAACAGUCUGGUUCCUGAAGCCGUCCAAAACGACAACCACCACCAUCACCACCACCACCAGCACAGAGCGGUGCACGAAGAAGAGGAGAAAACUCCUUUAUCUGCCCAAGCACAGGAGCCAAAGUCGGAAAGCACUUGCGCUAAAAGUGAGAAUUCAUCCCACGACUCUUCGUGCACGGACGAGAAAGAAAAGCCGGAAGAAAAAAAGGACUCCAAAGAAGGCGAAGGAGGCAAAGACGGCGAAAAGAAAAACGGCAAGUACGAGAAACCACCUUUUAGCUAUAACGCUUUGAUUAUGAUGGCCAUUCGGCAGAGUCCCGAGAAACGAUUAACUCUUAACGGCAUUUACGAGUUCAUUAUGAAAAAUUUCCCAUAUUACCGGGAGAACAAACAAGGAUGGCAGAAUUCCAUCAGGCACAACCUCAGUCUUAACAAAUGUUUUGUCAAAGUGCCCCGGCAUUACGAUGACCCAGGAAAGGGGAACUACUGGAUGCUUGACCCCUCUAGUGACGACGUGUUCAUCGGCGGAACGACGGGAAAACUUCGGCGGAGAUCAACAACUUCUAGGGCAAAGCUGGCGUUUAAAAGGGGCGCACGGCUUACCUCCACGGGACUGACAUUUAUGGAUAGAGCUGGCUCUUUAUACUGGCCCAUGUCGCCUUUCCUCUCGCUUCACCAUCCGAGGGCGACCAGUGCGUUAAGUUACAACGGCACGUCGUCGGCUUACCCUAGUCACCCAAUGUCCUAUAGCACAAUGUUAACUCAAAACAGUUUGGGGAGCAAUCACUCUUUCCCAACAUCCAAUGGUUUGAGUGUUGACAGACUAGUGAAUGGAGACAUUCCCUACGCCACACACCACCUCACAGCGGCCGCUUUGGCCGCCUCAGUGCCAUGUGGGCUUUCCGUACCCUGCUCCGGGACAUACUCUUUGAAUCCGUGUUCAAUGAACCUGCUCGCGGGACAGACCAGUUAUUUCUUCCCCCACGUCCCUCACCCAUCCAUGACCUCCCAGAGCACCACGUCCAUGAGCUCCCGGGGCGCCUCUUCCUCUUCCCCGCAAACGGCCUCCUCUCUCCAGUGUGACUCAUUAAGGCCUUCCCUACCCAGUUUCACCUCCGGACUUUCAAGCGGACUUUCUGAUUACUUCACACACCAGAAUCAAGGGUCAACACCAAAUCCCCUUAUACACUAA